UAUAAAACAUCGAAGCGCCUGAAGACAGCGGUACAAACUGCAGCCGAGCUGUUUUACUGUAACGAUGGACGAGUGGACGGUGAUCAGAUAGAAAGCAGCCGGUCAACUCCCCCUGGAUGAAGAACGAGGGCCAACCCACGCUGCUUCACCUCCUCAGAUUCCACCUUUAAACCCUUGCGCUUUUUCACACCAUUUCCUGUUGGGGCGUCCCCCUCUGGGCGCGGACAUCCUCUGUCCCCUUGGCUCUGCUGUCAGUCCAGGCAGAGCACCCCCCACCCCACCCCGGCGGCGUGUCGGUGUACGAUGGCGCGGUGGAACGCUGAGGGCUGCCGCGGCCGACUGUGAUGUCAGAGCCCAACAGCCCGGGCGAGAGCCGGCGUGGCGCUCCCAGAUUCUUCGUGGGCUGCGAGGACGAUGAGAGCGAGGCUGUGGAUGACAGCAUGAGGACAGACAUGGAUCUGUACGAGGACGACGAAGACACCGACUCGCCCCCGGAGCGACAGAUCGCGGUGGGGAUCUGUUGCAUGAUGAAGAAGUCCAAGUCCAAGCCCAUGACCCAGAUCCUGGAGAGGCUGUGCAGGUUCGAGUACAUCACCGUGGUCAUCUUCCCCGAAGACGUCAUCCUCAACGAGCCCGUGGACAAUUGGCCUCUGUGUGACUGCCUCAUCUCCUUCCACUCCAAGGGGUUCCCUCUGGAUAAGGCCGUGAGCUACGCCAAACUGAGGAACCCUCUGCUCAUCAAUGACCUGAACAUGCAGUACUACAUACAGGACAGGAGGGAGGUGUAUCGCAUCCUGCAGGAGGAGGGGAUUGAUCUGCCUCGGUACGCUGUCCUGAACCGAGACCCCGACAAACCCGACGAGUGUAAUCUGGUGGAGGGUGAGGACCAUGUGGAGGUCAACGGGGAAAUCUUCCAAAAACCGUUUGUAGAGAAGCCUGUGUGUGCAGAGGACCACAACGUCUACAUCUACUACCCAACGUCAGCAGGAGGAGGGAGUCAGCGGCUCUUCAGAAAGAUUGGAAGUCGCAGCAGCGUUUACUCUCCAGAAAGCAGUGUGAGGAAGACAGGAUCCUACAUCUACGAGGAGUUCAUGCCCACAGACGGAACAGAUGUCAAGGUUUACACCGUGGGUCCGGACUACGCUCACGCUGAGGCACGGAAAUCUCCCGCCCUGGACGGGAAAGUGGAGCGGGACAGCGAGGGGAAGGAGGUGCGUUAUCCGGUCAUGUUGUCGGCCAUGGAGAAGCUGGUGGCCCGGAAGGUGUGCCUGGCCUUUAAGCAAACGGUGUGUGGAUUCGACCUGCUCCGAGCCAACGGACACUCGUAUGUGUGUGACGUCAACGGGUUCAGCUUCGUCAAGAACUCCAUGAAGUACUAUGACGAUUGUGCAAAGAUCCUUGGGAACAUUGUGAUGCGAGAGCUGGCGCCUCAGUUCCAGAUCCCCUGGUCCAUCCCCACCGAGGCUGAGGACAUCCCCAUCGUCCCCACCACGUCAGGAACCAUGAUGGAGCUCCGCUGCGUCAUUGCCGUCAUCCGCCACGGAGACCGAACACCUAAACAGAAGAUGAAGAUGGAAGUUCGUAACCCCAUGUUCUUUGACCUGUUUGACAAAUACGGAGGUUACAAAACAGGGAAAUUGAAGCUGAAGAAGCCCAAACAGCUGCAGGAGGUGCUGGACAUCACUCGUCAGCUGUUGGCUGAACUGGGACAACACAACGACUGUGAGAUUGAAGAGAAGAAGUCCAAACUGGAACAGCUGAAGACGGUUCUAGAAAUGUACGGACACUUCUCUGGGAUCAACAGGAAGGUGCAGCUGACCUACCUCCCCCACGGACAGCCCAAGACCUCCAGUGAGGAGGAAGAUACUCGUAAGGAGGGUCCGUCUCUGCUGCUGGUGCUGAAGUGGGGGGGGGAGUUGACCCCCGCAGGCAGAGUCCAGGCGGAGGCUGGGCGGGCCUUCCGCUGUAUGUACCCGGAGGUCAAGGUAAGGGUGGGGGACUAUGCUGGGUUCCCCGGUUGUGGACUUCUACGGUUACACAGCACCUACAGACACGACUUGAAGAUUUAUGCGUCUGAUGAAGGUCGGGUCCAGAUGACGGCGGCGGCCUUCGCAAAGGGUCUGCUGGCUCUGGAGGGGGAGCUGACGCCCAUCCUGGUGCAAAUGGUGAAGAGCGCCAACAUGAAUGGUCUCCUGGACAACGACAGCGACUCCCUGAGCAGCUGUCAACACCGGGUCAAAGCCCGGCUCCACGAGAUCCUGCAGAAGGACCGGGACUUCAUUGACGAGGACUAUGACCGGCUGGCUCCAACCUGCAGCGCCUCCCUGGUCAAUUCCAUGAGGAUGGUCCAGAACCCGGUGUCCACCUGUGAUCGGGUCUACACCCUCAUCCAGAGCCUCACGUCCCAGAUCCGGAAGAGGAUGGAGGACCCCAAGUCAGCAGACCUCCAGCUGUACCACAGUGAGACCCUGGAGCUGAUGCUGCAGCGUUGGUCCAAACUGGAGCGCGACUUCCGCAUGAAGAACGGACGCUAUGACAUCAGUAAGAUCCCCGACAUCUACGACUGCGUGAAGUACGAUGUGAUCCACAACGCCACGCUGGGUCUGGAGGACACGCUGGAGCUCUUUCGACUGUCCAGAGCCCUGGCGGACGUCGUCAUCCCGCAGGAAUAUGGCAUCAGUAAAGUGGAGAAACUGGACAUCGCCUACGCCUACUGCCUCCCACUGGUCCGGAAGAUCCAAAUGGACCUGCAGAGGACGCAUGAGGACGAGUCUGUCAACAAACUGCAUCCUCUAUAUUCUCGUGGAGUGAUGUCUCCAGGUCGUCAUGUCAGGACUCGCUUGUAUUUCACCAGUGAGAGUCAUGUCCACUCUCUGCUCAGCAUCUUCCGCUAUGGUGGACUAUUGGACGAGGAGAAGGACCAGCAGUGGAAACGGGCCAUGGAUUAUCUCAGCGCUGUGUCCGAACUCAACUACAUGACUCAGAUUGUCAUCAUGUUGUAUGAAGACAACAACAAGGAGCUGUCGUCUGAGGAGCGUUUCCAUGUGGAGCUCCACUUCAGUCCGGGGGUGAAGGGGGUGGAAGAGGAGGAGAACGCCCCCAUGGGGUUUGGCUUCAGGCCUGCAUCGGCGGAGGUUGCCCAGCAGAAUGGGCAGAAGCAGACCGACCCUGGCAGCCUGGAGGACCUGUCACGGGACGAGACGGAUCGGGCCGUGCCACUGUCGGAGCCAAUCACCAUUCAGAGGAGGUCUCCGCUGAUUCGGAACCACAAGACCGGGUCCAUGGAGGUUUUGUCGGAGACGUCAUCGUCUAAAGUGGGCAGCUACCGCCUCUUCUCGUUCUGCUCCCGUCAGUCUCCUGAGAUGAAGCAGAGUGGAUUAGGCUCUCAGUGCGCCGGCCUCUUCAGCACCACUGUCCUAGGUGGGUCCUCUAGUGCCCCCAACCUGCAGGACUACGCACGCGCACAUCGAAAAAAAUUCUCCAGCAGCAGUCUGUCCUACAAAGACGAGUUGUUGUCUAUGCCGGCAGUAAAACGAUUUUCUGUGUCGUUUGCAAAGCAUCCGACUAAUGGAACUCGUGAUGAUACGUCAGCUGUAGCGGCAGCGCGUCCUCUGUGGUGGACGGCAGCAGAGCCUUUGGAGGACCACGAUGUGGCCCAGUUGUUGCAGCGUUUCUCCACCGACCCCAGCCUGGGUCCACAUCUGUCUCUGGACGGAGCGCUGGCCCACCACCUCCACCAGUGCUCCUACCACCUCCGCCUCUUCAAAAACUGGCUCAUCUCCGGCCAGGGCCCCCUAGAGUACCUUCACGGAUUCGAAGGCUGUUCCAUGGUUCCGUCCAUCUACCCUCUGGAAACGCUGCACAACUCACUGUCACUUAAACAGGUCAACGAGUUCCUGACGGCGGUCUGUGAGAGCGCUGGAGACCCCCACACCAGGACCAGCAGAGCGCUGUCAGCCAUGUUGGACGCCCAUAACCAUCCAUCGGUGGACUCGUACAUGCCCCCCAGGGUCCUGUCCUCAUCCAUGUCUCUGAGGUCUCGCUCUGACAGACCUCCAUGGUACAGCAGUGGUCCGUCCAGCACCGUGUCCAGCGCUGGUCCAUCCUCUCCGACCACCGCAGACACAUCUCCUCGCUUCAGCUUCAGCGACAAAAUCUCCCUGACGCCUCAGAGCAGCGAGGAAACCCACUCGGGUCAGAAUGCAUCCACUCAGCCAGGGUCCGGAAACCCCCCACUCCCCGACCCAGCGUGCACCGCUCCAGCCAACCCCGCCGAGGUCCCGCUGACCCCCAACAACUCACCUGAGGACGAUGCCGAGCUCAACGCUGAGCUCAGACCGGAGCCGACUGAGUGUCUGUCAGCGGACAGCAGCGGUCCUGGUCCGGACCUCAGGGCUCCGUGUGCCGCGUUGUCCGAGCUGACCCUGAGCCGCAUGGAAGGGUUCUGCGGCCUACCAGGGUCCCUGCCAGUCCUCCUGGAGCUCCGUGAGAGCAGCAGCGAGGCAGGGUCUAGUUCCCAGACGCCACAGUCGCCCGAGGGUCCUGACGAGUUCUUCGACACCCAGGAGGAGCUGUGGAGCGACGGGCCGGAGCCAGGACCCGACGCAGAGGCCACGCCUGAGGGCGGAGCCACGCACACCACCGAGCCAUAGAGGAUGACGAGUCUACGCAAACAAGCUGCUCAGUGUCACGUGACCUGCUGGAGGCGGAGCCAGAGGACGGGAACCACGGAACAUUCUGACACCAGACACUUAACUCUGAUUAUUGAUCACAAUAUUGAUCCAACAUGUGAUUGAAGACUCCUAAUAUUAACCCAAUAUGGAACUGAAUAUAUUUAACCUGUUACAGGGAUGUCAUCAGCGCCCGUCGGCUUCACGCCAUUUCAUGAUUCUGUAUCAAACUGUCAUGAGUUUCCUUCUGUGUGUGAUGAGACUGAACUCAGUGUCAUGAAUCAGACACGGGUCAGAACCAGUGUGUAUCGGUUCUGUAUCAGACUUCCAUCUCACUGCAGCAACGCCGCGUCUUCGUGAACAGACACGUCGACAUGGAAACAGGACCGUGAUGGGUUUAUGAGUCCGCUGGUGUCAGACAGAGCUGGUUCUGCUCGUGGGUUCCCGUCCUCUGCGCUGUCAUUCAUGAUGCUUUUCGCUCUGUGUUCUUCUGCUUCUCUGAGUUUGUUCACAGGAACCGGACCGUGGCCCCGCCCACUGGACAGUGGUUAUUUCAGACCGGGACUUAAUGCCGCCAAUGCUUUAACCCUGUGUGGUCCGACGAGGCCAUGGUCCACAGGAAAUCGCUGCUGCUGAUGGUAACACCCACUGCCAAGGCUCCUCCCUUUCAGUGGAACCAGAGUGUAUUUAUUUAGAACCGAGCUGAUCUCAGACCAGUUCAUGUGUGACUGUGUACGUUUGGUAAAAUCACCUCAGAUCUGAACAAACAGGACGAGUGUCUGUGCUUUUAUGUAUGUGGGGGGCGGGGCUUACACACUUCAGGAGGACCCUGAUUGAUGGACUUGAUGUUACAAUGUGACGUACUGUAGAACAGGAACCUGCGUCCUGAUCGAUAAUGAUCAGUGGUGAUCAGUUACGGUUUGAAGUGUUCGCUUAAAGUUCAUCCAAUUUAAAUACAUAUUUUCCCAUGA